UCAUAAAUUUUUCAGCUUCGUUCGGUUUGCCAGUCGUAGUUUUGCAGAAAAAGGAAGAUCUGCCUUUUUUCCACGAUUAUUUUCCACUGCCAGAACAAUGUUAUCGGCUAUGAUAAAGGACCACCAAGCGCGACAGGCUGCCAAAAAGGAGGAACAAGAACGGAGGAGAAAAGAUGCAAUCCUGUCCGCAAACGAGCUGACGCAGAAUCUGGUAGACCAUCUAAAUGUCGGUGUUGCCCAAGCGUAUCUGAACCAAAAACGGUUGGACGCCGAAGCCAAGCAGCUCCACGUGGGUGCCACAAACUUUGCCAAACAGACACAGCAAUGGCUGACACUGAUCGAGAAUUUCAACGGUUCACUGAAGGAAAUCGGAGACGUUGAAAACUGGGCCAAAACCAUAGAAAAUGACAUGAAUGUAAUAACGACAGCUCUUGAAAUAGCUUAUAAAACUAGCAGGGAAAAGUAGGUUAAGUUUCUUUAAAAUUACGGGUUAUGUUUAAGUAAAUCCUUAAAAUAAUUAUUCCAAAAUUUC